AAGUGUUUCGACUCCAGAUUUCCCCAAUUUCCCACUCCCUAGCUACAAAGUAGCUAAAUUGUCUGCACUGCCACGUAGUUAGUCAUGGGAGCUUUGUUUGGAAAAACCAGCAAAAAGACGGCUCCUAGUCGGAUCACCGACCAGGACAAGGCGGUGCUGCAAUUGAAGCAACAAAGGGAUCGGCUCAAGCAGUACCAAAAACGAAUCGAGACGCAAUUGGAGAAUGAUCGCCUCCUGGCCAGGAAGUGCCUACAGCAGGGUCGCAAGGACCGGGCCAAACUGCUGCUGCGCAAGAAGAAGUACCAGGAGAGUCUGCUGACCAAUGCCGACAAGCAGCUGGAGAACCUGGAGAAGUUGGCCGCGGACAUUGAGUUCGCCCAGGUGGAGAUGAAGGUGCUGGACGGCCUGAAGGCGGGCAAUGCUGCCCUGAAGAAGGUGCACGAAAUGCUGGACAUCGACGAAGUGGAGCGAAUCAUGGACGAGACCCGCGAGGGCAUCGAAAAGCAACAGGAAAUAGACGCCAUACUGACGGAUGUGCUGACCACGCAGGACGAGGAGGACGUGCUGGCCGAACUGGAUGCCCUGGAGGCGGAGGAAGAGCAACAGAAGGGUGUCCAGCUGCCAGAGGUGCCCACCGAAGAUCUGCCCGUGCCCGCGGAGAGCGAGUCAGUCGAGGAGCCGGAAAAGACCAAAGCAACCAGCAGCAAACCGAAGAAAGUCCUGGUGGAGGCAUAGAACCUAAAGUAAAACGAAACCAAUGCCAUUUUGUAUGUAUAUAUUGUCGUUCAACUAAAUUUCUCGAUAAGUCCAAUGUGAAAUACAUAUUUUAAUAGAUUAUGCUUGACUACAGAA